AUGUCGUCGGAGGAGAGCUCUACCAGCGAUCAUGUGGUCAUUAAGGAUGCGCCAGCAACAACUACAGAUGCGGCGGCCGCUGCCGAGAAGCAAACAGAGGCUCAGCAGCCGCGGAGCAGAGCGAAGAUAGCACUCAUUAUGACUGCGCUUGGUAUGGCCGUCUUCCUCGCAGCGAUUGACGUAACAAUCAUCACCACCGCCGUCGCUACAAUCGCCGAACACUUCGGAUCCUCCGCCGGCUAUACAUGGAUCGGCUCCGCGUACCUGCUCGCCUGCUCAGCGUCUACACCAAUCUGGGGGAAGAUAUCGGACAUCUGGGGGCGCAAGCCUAUAUUGCUCCUGGCUAAUGUUGUGUUCUUUGUCGGCUCGCUCAUUGCUGGGCUUUCCACAAGCAUUGGCAUGCUCAUCGCUGCCCGUGCGAUUCAAGGCAUCGGCGGAGGCGGCUUAAUCACACUUGUCAAUAUCUGUAUCAGCGAUCUGUUCAGCAUUCGGUCUCGUGGAGCGUACUUCGGCAUCAUCGGGAUGGUGUGGGCGAUAGCGAGCGCGCUGGGUCCCAUCGUCGGAGGUGCCUUUACAGAAAAAGCCUCAUGGCGCUGGUGCUUCUACAUCAACCUCCCUCUCGACGGCGCCGCCUUCCUAAUCCUCCUCUUCUACCUCGACAUCCAUACGCCCACAACCCCCUUCUGGGACGGCAUCAAAGCGAUCGAUUGGCUGGGCGCCCUCGCCGUGGUCGGCGGCACGCUCAUGCUCCUCUUCGGGCUCGAGUUCGGCGGCGCAUCCCACCCGUGGAACUCGGCCAUCGUCAUCUGCCUCCUCGUCUUCGGCAUCCUCACCCUGGCCCUCUUUGUCGUGAUAGAGUGGCGCGUGGCACCCUAUCCAAUCAUGCCGCUCGGCCUCUUCGCCUCCCGCUCGAACCUCGCCUGCCUCGCUGUCUGUUUCGUGCAUGGCUUCGUCUUCAUCGCCGGGUCCUACUUCCUCCCGCUGUAUUUCCAGGCCGUGAGGGGCCGCUCCCCGCUCCAGUCCGGCGUCGCCAUCCUGCCGACCGCAUUAUCGCUCUCCUUCGCCUCGGCCCUUACCGGCAUCUUCAUCCGCAAGACGGGCCUCUACCUCCCGGCGAUCUGGAGCGGCAUGUUCCUCAUGACGCUCGGCACGGGCCUGUUCAUCGACCUCCCCGUCGACGCCAGCUGGACCAAGGUGAUUGUAUACCAGGUCGUCACCGGCAUAGGUAUUGGCCCGAACUUCCAGAGCCCGCUUAUUGCGCUGCAGAGCGGAGUCAAGCCCCGUGAUAUCGCGACCGCGACGGCGACGUUUGGGUUCAUUAGGAACCUGGCUACUGCUGUCUCUGUCGUUAUUGGGGGCGUGGUCUUCCAGAACGAGAUGCGGCGGCGCGAGGACAGGUUACUACGCGUGCUAGACCCAGCGCUAGCCGCACAGCUAGGCGGCGCAGGCGCGGGCGCCAACGUGGAGGUCGUGAAUGCGCUGCCCGACCCUGCGAGAGAAGUGGUCCGGACGGCGUACGCGGAGAGUCUGCAGCGCAUGUGGAUACUGUAUACGGUGCUCUCGGGCGUGGGGCUGCUGGUGGCGUUUUUGAUCGCGAAGAGGGUGCUGGGUAAGAGUCAUGAGGAGACGACGACGGGGCUGGAGACGGAGAAGGAGAAUCGGAGGCUGAGGAAGGAGGAGGCGGAGGAGAAGAGGAGGAAGAAAAACGGCGUGGGCGCGGCGGAGGCGGGAGCGGGGGCUGCGCCUGUGCCUGUGGCGUUGUCGCCGCUGAAGACGGAUGAUGGGGGUGUGGCGGCGGAGGAGGGGAUGCCGGGGACGCCGGAUACGGUCUCGUCGGCGAAGAAGGAGGGGGUGUGA